CGCUAACGUGUACAAUUAUUUGACAGACGCUCUUUCAUAUUACAGACAGUCCCUGAAAAGACAGUGGAAAACAUCGUAUGGUUGCGAUGUCGACUGUCGAAGAACUCAAGCUCCGAGUUCGUGAACUCGAAAAUGAACUGAUUAAAUGUAAGCAGAAAUCUUACGACGACACAGAACAGGCAUGUUCUCGACCUAAAAUCGACCAGAUGAGCGCAGAAGUUGUGGACUCAAAUCCAUACAGUCGUCUUAUGGCUUUGAAACGUAUGGGCAUUGUUGAAGAUUACGAGAAAAUACGCUCGUAUGCUGUUGCUGUGGUCGGAGUUGGAGGUGUCGGUAGUGUCACUGCUGAAAUGCUAACAAGGUGUGGCAUUGGAAAGUUGCUGCUUUUUGAUUAUGACACUGUGGAGCUUGCAAACAUGAACCGGCUCUUCUUCCAGCCACACCAAGCUGGUUUCAGUAAAGUAAAAGCUGCUGAGCACACACUUAGGAACAUCAAUCCAGAUGUCAUAUUUGAAAUUCACAACUACAACAUCACCACAGUGGACAAUUUCACACAUUUUAUGGAUCGCAUAAGUCAUGGGGGACUUCAAGUGGGCAAGCCUGUAGAUUUAGUCCUGAGUUGUGUGGAUAACUUUGAGGCUCGAAUGGCCAUCAAUACCGCAUGUAAUGAAUUAGGUCAGACCUGGAUGGAAUCAGGUGUUAGUGAGAACGCUGUGUCUGGCCACAUUCAGUUGAUUGUCCCAGGAGAAACGGCCUGUUUUGCAUGCGCUCCCCCAUUAGUUGUGGCAGCAAACAUUGAUGAGAAGACAUUGAAGAGAGAUGGUGUCUGCGCAGCCAGCCUGCCUACAACCAUGGGUGUGGUUGCUGGGAUGCUAGUGCAAAAUGUUCUUAAGUUCCUGCUUGGUUUUGGGACAGUAAGUCACUACCUAGGUUACAAUGCUAUGCAGGAUUUCUUCCCCACCAUGUCAAUGAAACCUAAUCCUUACUGUAGUGAUGUCCACUGCACAAGACAACAACAGGAAUAUAAGAAAAAUGAGGCACAGAGACCCAGGGAAGAUGUGGCAGAAGUCAAAGACGAAGUGGUGCAUGAAGACAAUGAAUGGGGUAUCGAGUUAGUGUCUGAGAUCACUGAAGACGAGCUAAAAGUGGCAUCUGGACCUGAGCUUGCCUUGCCAGAUGGCAUUACUUUAGCUUAUACUAUUCCAGUGGAGGGUGGAAAUGCUUCUUCUUCAGCUACAACGGUGGGAGAUACAGACUGCAGUCUUGAGGAACUUAUGGCUCAGAUGAAGAAGAUCUGAAAAAAGAAAGCUCAUUUCACAUGGACCGAAAAGCCACACAUCUUAGCAGUGGAAAUUCCUUACAAACUUAACUCUUCAAUCUUUUGCAACUCCUUACAUCUGACACAAUAAUUGGCAUGGUAUUAAUGUGGGUUUGUUUUGUAAUAAUAAUAUGCUUUAAGUAGAAGUGGCCCAAAUUAAUUGUAAUCGCCAAUCUUUAAAAAGAUGAGACGAAGCACACAUUGCACACCUUUAAUUUUGCUUAUAGCUUACUUGUGUAAUUAUGUAAGUGAAAAAUUAAAAUUAAAAUUCAAAACAUCUGUUAAACUCCUUUGUUAUUUUUUCUUUAUCAAGCUAGUGUUAUGAACUCUUGUUUUCUUAAUGUAACUGGCCCAGAUGGCGCUGAAAUAGACUUAAGAAUAAAAAUACAGAGGAGUA